UGGAGGUAUGGGAGGCUACGGAGGUUACGGUGGUGGAGGAAUGGGAGGUUAUGGAGGUGGCUUCAAUCAAGGUGGUUACGGUGGAAUGGGAGGAGGAGGAUUUGGUGGCCAAGGAUACGGUGGUAAUAUGGGUGGUGGAGGAUGGUUCUAG